AUGACCACCAUGGAGGAAGAGGACCUGUCGGAGUAUUUCCGCAUGCAGUAUGGGCAGAAGCUCCUGAAGCUGCUGAUGAAAUUCCCAGCGCCGGAGGAGCAAUCCCCAUCGCCAUCCAUUCGGCUGCUGGAGAAGAAGAAAGAGGCCACGCUGGUGCACAGGGCUAUGGAGGCUCAGAAGGAGGCUUUCCGGACAAGGAUGGAAGCCCUGAAUAACCGAUGGGAGGAGCUCAGGGCCAAGGAGAUUCAGCUGAAGGCUUAUAUAAAGAAAUUUGAGCAGUUCAUACAGGAAAAUGACCAAAAGCGAAUUCGAGCCCUGAAGAAAGCCAACAAGGAGAAAGAGCUGAAGAAACAGAGGGUGAAGGAGCUGGCCAAGGCCAAGCUGGACAUGGCAGUCCUAAAACAGGAGCACCAGCGGCUCUCCAACAAGCUGCAGCAGUACUCCAUCUUCAACAAGUACCUGGAGAAGGUGGUCGAGAUGUCGGAGUUUGAGGAGAUACGGGAAGUCAUUGGCCGGUACAAGACGCUGGUGGGCAUGCACCAGGAUCUCAUGCAGUCGGCGCAGGAGGGGCUGGAGAUGAUCGAGCAGGCGAAGGUGCGCCUGUCGCACUACACGGAGGAGAAGGACGACGAGAUCCUGCAGCACAACAACAAGCUGGCACGCCUGCAGAUGCGCUUCGACCGCGCCCGCAGCGAUGUCAUCGUCUGGGAGUCUCGCUGGGCCCACAUCCAGAACACAGCCGCCAAGAAAACCCUCAUGCUGGGCACCAUCAAGAUGGCCACCCUGAACCUCUUCCAGAGCGUGAGCAAGCAACUGAAGGAGACCUUGAGCGUGCCCGUGGAGGACACCCACAGGCAGCUGGACAUGAUCCAGCAGUUCAUCCAGGACCUUUCCGACAUCUGGGCAGAGGUGAAAAAGAAGGACAUCCAAAGCCGAUCAAUGAUAGUUGUGGUCAAGGACGUGUAA